AUGCAUAUCUCCUUUUCUCUGUUCACCAGAGAGACUGGAAAUGUGUCACAAAAAGUAUACUACAAUGAUACAUCCACGAUCAGAAAAUCAUAUUUCUCUCGAUGGAGGAAAACACGCUUCGUUAUUCAUGGAUAUACAAGCACUGGAAAAUAUGGCUGGGUUGUGGAGCUGUGCUUGUUGCUGGUGAAGGUGGAAAAUAUAAACUGUUUUGCUGUUGAUUGGGAAGAUGGAGCUAAAUGUACCUACUUUACAGCUGCAAGCAACAUUCGUGUUCUAGGAGCUAUAAUAGCUUAUCUUCUCAAUGCUUUCAAGAUAAUGUAUCUGUACUCUCCCUCCAAUGUCCAUCUCAUUGGCCAUAGCCUUGGUGCUCAUACUGCUGGAGAAGCAGGAAGGCGACUUCGAGGCAUUUCCAGACGAUUUCCAGGCAUUGGCAGAAUAACUGGCUUGGACCCGGCUGCAAUUGGUUUUGAAGGUUUUCCUGACAUGGUCAGGCUGGAUCCUUCUGAUGCUCAGUUUGUGGAUGUCAUCCAUAGCAAUGCUGGGCAGUUUCCCAAUAUAGGACUAGGGAUGCUUAAUGCUACUGGUCAUCUUGACUUUUACCCCAACGGUGGAAGUAUUAUGGCUGGAUGCAAUGAUGCAGUUACAUCACUGCUAGAAUUCGACCAAGAGGUUCGUAAUGUUGGAAACUGCCACCACUCCCGAAGCCAUGAAUAUUAUAAAUACAGCGUUCUUUAUCCACUUGGAUUUCUUGGUUAUCCAUGUGAAUCAUACGAAACCUUUCAGGAGGGAAAUUGUUUUCCGUGCCCUAGAGAAGGAUGCCCAAUGAUGGGUCAUUAUGCCGAUUGGUUUCGUUACAGACUGAAGAAGGAGAAGCCAAAGUAUUAUUUAAACACAGGACCUAAGGAACCAUUUACCAGCUGGAGGUAUAAUAUAUCUGUAAAACUGUCUGGAAUGAAAAGUGUGAAAGGAGAAAUAAAUAUAGUUUUCCACAGCAAAGAUGAAGACAUAAAGGAAUACCAGAUUGUAAGUGGUGACCUCAAGCAAGAACAAAUCUACUCGAAGAUCACUGAUUUAGAAAUCAAUCCUGCGAAUGCUACGAGAAUUGAGUUCAUUUGGCACAAACAGUUCUUCACCUUACUUUGGGCUAAACUGGGAGCUGAACGAGUGAGUCUAAUCCGUGGACAAGAUGGGCACGAGUCUUUUCUUUGUGGCAAUGGGACAGUAAGAUAUGGAGAUCCUCAGAUACUGGCACCCUGUUCAAAGCUAACAGAAGAGAAAUGUGUGAAUGUGCAUAUAUAUGUAAACUGUAACAGUUAA